AUGGGUCUACUCCUGCCGCUGGCACUCUGUGCCCUGGCCGCUUGCUGCAGGGCUAGGUCUGAGCCCCUGGUGGUCCCCGAGGCCUGGCGUCUCCUCUCCCGGGGUUGCAGUGACUCAGAUGUGCUGCAUUUCUCGGACUUUGCCCUGCAGGACAUCAACAAGGACCGAAAGGAAGGCUAUGUGCUGAGCCUCAACCGAGUCAGUGACGUCCGGGAACACAGACAGGAAAGUGAAGGAUCCCUGUUUUAUCUCACACUGGAUGUGUUGGGGACCGACUGCCCUGUGCUCAGCAAGAAGUCGUGGAAGGACUGUAGGGUGAGGUUACUGCAUGAAUCGGUUUAUGGUCAAUGUAAAGCAAUAUUGUAUAUCAGCCGACCAAGAAGAGUGCUCUAUUUACCUGCCUAUAACUGUUCUCUUCGCCCAGUUUCUCGAAGAGCGAUCAGCAGAAUGUGUCCUGACUGCCCUGUACCCAGCCCCACUGACUUAUCAGAUCCCAGUGUUUUGGAAGCUGCCACUCAGUCUCUUGCAAAAUACAACAAUGAGAGCACCUCAAAGCAGUACUCUCUUGUCAAAAUCACCAAGGCUUCCAGCCAGUGGGUUUUUGGCCCUGCUUACUUUGUGGAGUAUCUGAUUAAAGAGUCACCAUGUACCAAAUCCCAGGCCAGCAGCUGCUCGCUUCAGCUCUCGGACUCUAAGCCUGCUGGUCUGUGUAAAGGUUCUCUGAGUCAAGAAGGCAUCAAAAAGUUUGUCUCAGUAAAAUGUGAAUUCUUUGAAUCACAGGCUCCUGCUCCAGGAGGUGAAAACUCUGCUCCUACACAGGGGCCUGUGAACCUCCUCAAGGUAGAGGAGUCCCAGCAUGAAGGCAUGGCCCCCACCAAUGCCCCCUCAGAAGCUGUGCCAAGAGGGUCUGUCCAAUACCUCCCCGACUGGGAUGAUGAGAAGCCAGAAGGUUCCCAGAAAAAGGACCCUCGUGAGGCCUUCCCUGUGCAGCUGGACCUGACCACCAACCCCCUGGGAGAAAACCUGGACGUCUUCUUCUUCUUCCCGGGGCCCGUGAAGGAGAAGCUGUUUGUCCUGCCUUUCCCCAAAAGAGAGCACCUCUCUCCUGAGUGCCCAGGCCCAGCCCAAGUGGACAACCCUUUUAUUCUCCCGCCAUGA